AAGAAGCUGUAUAUUUUUCUUUGAUCUUCAAUUCAAUUUUAAAAUAAUAAAAAUUUUAAAAAUACAGAAUUCUUUAAAUACAUUUUAUAUUAUUUAUUACUCGAGAAUUUAUCCGAAGUCAAAGUAUUAAAAUGGAUCCAGCUUUAUUAAGAGAAAGGGAGAUAUUUAAGUUGAAAGCUUCAGCUAUACCCGUUGUUGAAAAAAGACAGAAAGAUGAUAGUAGUAAAGAUGAAUUUAAAAAAAAAUCAAAACCAUUGCCUCCUAUGCCUAGACCUCCAUCACCACCAAAUACAUCUAACUCCGUAAAUUAUAAAUCAUUUGGACAGAGUUCUCAAUACAAAUUUGGUGUACUCACUAAAAUUGUCAAAUAUAUCAAAGCAAGUCAUCAAAAUGGUGAUGAUCACCCAUUAACUUUAGAUGAACUUUUAGAUGAAACUAAUCAGUUAGAUGUUGGUGCCAAAGUAAAAAUAUGGCUUGAAAGUGAAGCAUUACCAAGUAAUCCUAAAAUUGAACGUACACAAGAUGGAAAAUAUAUGUUUAAACCACCAUAUAAACUAAAAGAUAGAAAAGCGUUGUUGAAGUUACUAAAACAACAAGAUUUAAAAGGUUUAGGUGGAAUAAUGUUAGAUGAUAUUCAAGAAUCUCUACCCAAUUGUGAAAAAGCAUUAAAGCAUUUGCAAAAUGAAAUACUUUAUGUAUCACGACCAGGAGAUAAGAAAAAGGUAAUAUUUUACAAUGAUAAGUCUGCAACAAUUGAAAUAAAUGAAGAAUUUAAAAAAAUGUGGAGAAGUGUUGCUGUAGAAAAUAUGGAUGAUGAUAAAAUUGAAGAACACUUAGAAAAACAGGGUAUCAGUUCCAUGCAAGAUAAUGGUAUAAAAAAAAUAAAUCAUAUAAAACGAAAAAAACCAAUCACAAAGAAAAGAAUAUAUAAAAAACCAAGAGAUAAUGAACAUUUGGCAAAUGUUUUAGAAGACUAUGAUACCCUUUAAAUUGUAAAAAUAAUAAAUGUGUUCAAAUUGUUAUGUAAAAUAUGUAAAUAAUACUUUUUUGUAAAAAGAUAUUGAAUAAAUCAUUUAAUAUGAACAAUA